AUGGUGGAACUCGCCAAGCUGCUCGUCCACCGCCACUCCACCCUCGUCAUCUCCAUCCCCAUCAUCACCUCCCCCUCCACAGCCGCCGCCGUCACCCGCUACACCGACUCACUCGCCCAAACCCCGCGCGUCAACCUCCUCCGCCUCCACAACGACGACGACGACCAGUCAGUUCCAGGGGCUAUCUUCUCGGUGAUCCAAAAUCAAAAGCCUCAAGUCAGAGAAGCCGUCUCCGCCCAGCUCGCUGGCUCCGGGGCCCGGCUCGCGGGCUUCGUCCUCGACAUGCUCUGCACCUCCAUGGUGGACGUGGCAGAGGAAUUCAGCGUCCCCUCGUAUGUUUACUUCACCUCCGGCGCCGCUUUCCUCGGCCUCUGGCUCCACGUUCAGGAAUUGCACGACAAUGAGGGGUUUGAGUUUAGCGAGUUCAAGGAAACCGGGUUGGCUUCCCCGGGCUCGUCCAACUCUGUUCCAAUCAAGGUCAUCCCUUCGAGCUUUCUCAACAAGGAAUGGACGGCCACAGUGCACGGGAUGGCGAGAGGUAUGAGGAGAACCAAGGGUAUUUUGGUCAAUACGGUGAGGGAGUUGGAGUCGUAUGCGAUCGAUUCUCUCUCGGGUGGGAAGAACCCCAAGGUGUAUCCGGUCGGACCCAUUCUGAACCUGAAGGGCGAAGAGUCGUCGAAGGAUGUGGAGGCGAUCGAAUGGUUGGACCAGCAACCAGAGUCGUCGGUGGUGUUCCUCUGCUUCGGGAGCAUGGGAGCCUUCCGUGGGGAGCAGGUAAAAGAGAUCGCCUGCGCGCUGGAAGGAAGCGGGCAGAGAUUUUUAUGGUCCCUACGUCGACCUGGAGAAGGUCGGGUGUUGCCUAGCCCGACGGAGUAUGAGGAUGUCAGGGAGGUUUUGCCGGAAGGGUUUCUCGGCCGGACGGCGGAGAUAGGAAGGGUGAUGGGAUGGGCGCCACAGGCGGUUGUUCUGGCUCAUAAAUCCAUCGGAGGGUUCGUAUCGCACUGUGGGUGGAAUUCGACGUUGGAGAGCGUGUGGUUUGGCGUGCCGAUGGCCACGUGGCCGAUGUAUGCGGAGCAACAGUUCAACGCCUUCUUGUUGGUAAAGGAGCUGGAGAUAGCCACGGAGGUCAGGAUGGAUUAUCGGAGCGAGAGUGGGGAGAUCGUUUCAGCGGAGGAGCUCCAGAGAGGAAUCAGAAGCUUGAUGGAGGAUUGCUCGGGGAAGGAGAGAAUGAAGGAAUUCAGGGAUCGAGUCAGGGGUGCAUUGAUGGAUGGCGGAUCUUCUUCGUCUUCAAUUGCCGAAUUUGUUAGAGAUCAAGAAGAAGAGCUACAGCAUUUGGUGUUCAUCCCAUUCCCAUCCGCCGGCCACCUCGUCUCCAUGGUGGAACUCGCCAAGCUACUCGUCCACCGCCACUCCACCCUCGUCAUCUCCCUCGUCAUCAUCACCUCCCCCUCCACCGCCACCGCCGCCGUCACCCGCUACGCCGACUCACUCGCCGCCGCUGCCACCCCGCGCGUCAACCUCCUCCGCCUCACCGGCGAGGACGACCCUUCCCUUCCAGCCGCCAAUGCUCUCUCAGUGAUCGCAUCACAAAAGACACGUGUCAGAGAAGCCCUGCUGGAGUUCACCCCGGCGGCUCGACUCACUGGGUUCGUCCUCGACAUGUUCUGCACCUCGAUGCUGGACGUGGCGGAAGAGUUCGGCGUUCCCUCGUACCUUUUCUUCCCCUCCGGCGCCGCUUUUCUCGGCUUCAUGUUCCAUAUCCAGACGUUGCACGACGAGGAAGGAUUCGACGCCGCCGCGGCCGCGGAGUCCACCGAGGCUGAGUUGGUUUUCCCGGGUUUGGUCCGCCCGCUUCCGGGGAAGGUCUUGCCUUCAGGUCUUCUGCACGAGGAAUUGGCGGCUGCAUCGUAUAGAAUGGCAAGAGAUUUCAGGAAAAGCAAGGGCAUUUUGGUCAAUACGGUGAAGGAGUUGGAGUCAUAUGCGGUCGACUCCCUCUCCCGGACCGAGAACCCGAAGGUGUAUCCGGUGGGACCCAUUUUGAACCUGAAGCCCGAAUCGUCAUCAGAGUCGAGCGGAUCAGAGGAGGAUGAGGUGGUGCGAUGGCUGGACCAGCAAUCAGAGUCAUCGGUGGCGUUCCUCUGCUUCGGGAGCAUGGGAGGGUUCUGUGCGGAGCAGGUGAAAGAGAUUGCUUGCGCUCUGGAGGGCAGUGGCCAUAGGUUUCUGUGGUCCCUGCGUCGACUCGAAGGAGGACCGGCGCUUACCCCGAAAACAACUGAUUACGGGGAUGUUAGGGAGGUUCUGCCAGAAGGGUUUGUUGAUCGAACGACGGAGGUCGGAAGGGUGAUAGGAUGGGCUCCACCAUCCACCAUCCACCAGGUGCGUCUGAUUCAGACUGAUAAUGGCUUGGAGUUUCAGUCUGCGGGGCUACUGAAGUAUUAUGAGGAUAAUGGUAUUUUACUUCAGACUUCGUGCAUUAACACGCCACAGCAAAAUAGGACGGCAGAGCGUAAACAUCGUCACCUUCUUGAAACAACUAGAGCCCUCCGUUUUCAUUCCGGACUGCCUGUGCAUUUCUGGGGCAAUUGUGUGUUAACAACCAUGUACCUCAGUAAUCGUCUACCUUCCAAGCUUCUGGGUAAUUGGACACCUUUUGAGGUCUUACUCGGUCGCAUCCCUCCAUAUCAACACCUGCGAAAUUUUGGUUGUCUAGUUUACAUGAAGGAUACCAGCCCAGGACUCGAUAAGUUUGUUGAAAGAGGAAGACCCGACAUUUUUGUGGGUUAUCCCGCAAGUCAGAAGGGCUAUACAGUCUAUGAAUUCCAAUCCCGGAAGGUGGUUACAUCUCGUGAUGUUCAUUUUUUCGCGGACAACUUCCCCUAUCGCAAACGUCAGCUUGCCAGCUCGACCCGACGCCUUCCCCGGCUAGUGCCGUCUCCGACAACCUUGCUCUUGCCCAUGACCCGAUUGAGCUCUUCACUCGGCCUCUGA